UAUAAAAAACAGAGAUUUUACUUUAGGUUUAUAACCGAUACAUAGAAUGGUUUUUUUUGUUUUUUGUUUGUUUAAUCGCAGGGAGCAAAAGUUAUUAUUGGCUGAAACUAAUGUCUACAAAUAAAAAGAAAACAGCUUUGUCUGAUUUAGUACUGUCAGCAUUAGCAGAAGAUCAACUUGUCAAAUUAAUUUUAAUUCAUUAUUAUUUCGGCAAUCGGAGACAAGGAAGUUAAAACUGGUCGCUAGUUCAGACGCUCGGUUCUCGUGUUUGGGGUUCACAAGUUUAAACGUCCCCCACUUGUCUCCAGCACGAAAAAACAGAACACACGCACAUGUUUAUAAAAUGAUUAGGAUGAAUGAAUAUAUAAAAUUGAAGUAAACUUUGGUAAAAACAUGUUUAAAUCACAGACCAAACAAUCAAUUGCACAACAGUUAAAAAGCAAGUUUUCAUUUUCAACUCCACUUGGUAAAGAUGGCUCCAAAUCGAAAAUCAGUGGCACAGCAGAGCGUAGAAUGCCACAGAUACCAACUGCGGAAGAAGAAACCUUGAUGAAACAAUCCUUGAAAGACAAAAUGUCUCCUACUAGUAAUGAGUACAUAAGUAGUUAUGGACCAUUGUUUUUAGAACAUUCUAUUGCAGCAGAAUUCAAUCAUUUGAAGAAAACAAGGUUACCUGGUGUAUACGUUAUUCCAUCUUUUGCUGAUCCUCUAGUUUGGUUCGGUGUAGUAUUCAUUCGGCAAGGAAUCUAUCAAGAUGGUGUAUUUAGGUUUUCUAUGAAAAUCCCAAGUAAUUAUCCUGAUGGGGAUUGUCCCUCAGUAACAUUUACUCCUACUGUGUUCCACCCUUUUAUCAAUCCAUCUACAGGAGGUCUGGACCUAGAGAGAGCAUUUAGCUCAUGGAGGCCUAAUGUUAAUCAUAUAUGGCAAAUUUUGUUGUACAUGCGUCGAAUUUUUUACAAGUUUGAUUGUAAAGACCCACUCAAUCCUCAAGCAGCAGACUUAUAUGAUUCGGAUGUAGUUGCAUAUAAACAGAAGGUGAAAGACGAUAUAGCUGAGAUUAAUAACAAGCUGUAUGAAGAUGUUGAAAAUGAAGACCCACAUGCAUUCAGAUUUCGCGAGUGGAAUCCGGAAAUUCAUGAACCAUUACGUCAUCAAAUGACGUUAGCCAAGGUUGAAGAAGAAAGAGAAGAAGUAGACGAUUUUGAAAAACCAAAAUUAUCGGGUUUAUCCUACGUCGAGCCCGGCACAACACUGAUAUUCAGUAAAGAGAGCUGAUACCACCUAUCUGGAUACAGCUUUUGUUUAUAUCUAUCUUGAUUACCCGUGUUAUGUUUAUUACAUGACUAUAUAUCAAAAUUGCGCAUCCGAGUUGCUCGCCGGCGGAAAUGCAAUAUUAUGUUAACCAUAGUUGAUAUUAUCUAUCUACAUUUCUUGUGUAUAUAAUUUUUUUAAAUUAUUUCGUUAAAAACAAAACUGUAGCUUUCGUUUUUAAAUAAUUAUUUUGUAAACAUGAAUUUCAGAUAUUAAAAAAUAUUUCAUAUUUUGCUGCCGAUAGUUAAUGCUUGUUGGUGGCUAGGAUAUAUUACUUUUUUGCCAAUCCAAUAGUCUUUGGCUUGAUUUUCGCUCUAAUGCAAUCUUAAACAAAGCAAACAACAAUUAAAAAAUAGCCAAUCAAAUUAGACUAUGGUCGUAGUUUAUUUCACGUUCAGUAAUUUUAUUGGCUAGAAAUUGGUAGUUUUUGUACUCGAAAUUUCACCAAUCUAUUUUGUUAGCACUUUUCGAUAUUUUUUUUACAGAAGCAACAUUUAAAAAGUUGUGAAAUAACCCCUGGUUAAAUCUUUAUAUUCGUAUUUAUUAGUUUCUAUAUUAUUACUGUUCGCAAGUUAUCCUACUUAGAAAACCACUGCACGCUAUUCUUCGCCGAUCAAAAAUCAGAUCAACUGAUUUUUUAAGCUAAGUACAGUGUAGUUUGUUCAUAGUACGUUAAUUACACGUGUAAUAGAAGGGACGCAUAUUGUUUUUACGAGAGUGCUAUUUUUAACUGUACUAAAUAAAACACAAAAUUUAUUUACGGAAA